AAAAAGCUAACCGAAGAAAAGAAAGCAAGAAAUGGGCAGGAAAUUGCACAAGAACUUUUCCUUUAUUCUGCUCCAGGUGUCAGACUCACAUGCUGAGAGAGACAAAAAGGCGAGCAGAGCAGCAGCCAGCCAGCCAGCCAGCGGCGGAAGAAUACAUACAAAUCCCCGCGUGCACUGCGACACGGCUGUCCUUCGUCGGCUUCUCCCUCUUUGGCCCUUUGGCACCUUCUUCUCUUCAUCAUCUUCUUCUUCAUUUCUUUCCCCUGUUUCUCCUAACACAGCUGCAAAAAAGGAAUGAAUAUGCAUUAUUUGAUGAAGAAUGAGAGAAAUUUUGUUUCUCAGGUCUGCGCGAUGACUCUCCAGUCAAGAAGUCUACGUGGGAGUUCCAUCCCAUCGGAAUCCUUGUAUGAGUCUGGAUACAAUUUUGGUAUUGUAUAUAUUUGGCAUCAAUGAAGAGAAGCCUUGGCGUAACGAUACUUUGGCUGUGAUAAUGGAGGUCACAGAUCUCUCUUUAGAGCUCACUAAACUUUCAAGCGACUCCUUUUACCUUCCGUCAAUUUGACACUCAUGAAGUAUUUAUUCGAAGCCUUAGAACCUCGCAGAAGAGCAAAACAUAUGAAUAAUCUUAGAGAACCCAUCGAAGUGUACGACUCGUUGUCUAGGCCACUGAAUGUAGUCCUCAGGCCUGAGGUUCAACGGUCGUUUAAUUCGAUUGUGACAAUCAUAGGAGCAAGGACCUUCAUGAGUUCCUCAUUGUCUAUGCCUAUCGUGAUCAAUACUCUACUGGUAGAUUCUUCAUUUGGUUCUGUAGUUGGAACACUUGGAAGAAGAGGAACCAUGGACACUCAUUCUGACAAUGAUAAAAGUCAGAUUAGAACUGCCUCAGCGUUAGCUGCAGCUAGUCCAGCUCUUAUUUGCAGGUCAGUGCUGACACAAUUCAGGAGAAAAACAAUCCUUGAAAAAUCUAAUUCUGUGAUGAAAAUUUCUGAGAAAACUCCCGUCUCCGAUGUCGAUUCAAGCCAGAGAUAUGAUCCAUGCGAGUCUAUGCUAACCACCGCAAACGAUUCUAUGAUGAAAGGACAGAUUCGAUAUCAAUGGAAGAGUGGCACACCUUAUUUUGUAUUUACAGUAGGUGAUGACUUCUCAGAAGUAUACCUUUCCAGGCCCUGGAAAAUUGAAUCUUCUAAGGCUAAAGGAAAGGACUACAUCUACUCGUUUCAUUCAAGAUCAGUUAACAACUUCAAAUCAGAAAAAUGUGUUUCUGAUGCAUCGGAAAUCCUUGGAAAAAUGAAAGUAUCCAACCUUUUAACCUUUGGCACAGAUGGAUCAAGAACAAGGGAGACUGAGUUUGUUCUAUACAAUGCUAAUGCAAAAAGUUUACUCGGAACGAGAAGUUCAGGUUCCUUCAUCCUGAAAGCCAAGGAGUUGGGUAAGAGGGUGACGAACAUACUUAAUCCAAGCCAAGCAUUGAAGAAUAAUUCCAUCUGCAGUCUCAAUGAAUUGAGUUCCUUUUUCAGAAGCUAUGAUGAAAACAAACUGCCUGAUCAAGUUCAAAAUGAUUGCACACCUGAACAUGAGUUGGCUGCUGUUGUUCUAAGUGAUCAUCGACGAGGUUGCGAUCGGGAGGCAGCAGUUGGUGGUUGGGGUCUUAAAUUUCUCGGCACAUCAAAUGCAAAUGAAGUUGAUGCUUCCUCGGCUCCCUUAGUUUCUCAGGAAACCAGCAAUGGAAGUCGGUCGAUAAGUAGAGAUAAAUCUUCUAAAAAUUUAACUGUCUUAGUUCCAGCCGACCUCCACGGUGGCCAAAAUAUCCAAAGCAGAGGUCCAUCAGGUAUCAUAACGAGAUGGCGAACUGGGGGGCAAUGUGACUGUGGUGGUUGGGAUGUUGGAUGCUCUAUACAAGUACUUUCUUGCAGCAGCAUCACCAAGAACUCUUCAUCUUCAUUAAAAGAGGAGCUGCAGGAUCAUAACAAGUCGGUCGAUCUAUUUACGGAGGGAUCAAAGAGAACUGAAUCGACUAUCAAGAUAAUAGACAUGAAUUAUGGUCUAUAUGUCAUCAACUUCCACCCUUCUCUUUCAUACCUACAGGCUUUCUCCAUUGGUGUGGCAAUGAUACAUGCUCAGUCGCCAUCUCUUACUCCAGAUUUCUAAGGAUGUAAUGAAGAAAUCAACAUGACAAGUUUUCAAAAAAUUGAAAAAAAAGACUGUCGAAAAAAGGUGUUCUUACAGUGUGGGUGAUAUUUGUUGCGAGAUAAAUGUACAAGUUUGUAGCAUAAUGUAAAUAACUAAACUUCUUUAUCAUCCUCUUCGAGUUUGUCUUUUUAGUGUUA